AUUCAAUGUGAAGAAAUUUCAUGUUAUGGAAAUGGGAAAGAGUGAAGGGAGACCAAAAUGGACAUAUAGAAUGGGAGAUUGAGAAAUAUUAAAGAAAGUUCAAGAAGAGAGAGAUCUGAGAGUGACAAUACAGGAUAAUAUACAGCCUGAGAGUCAUGUUAAUAGGAUAUUUGGUGAUACGAAUAAAAUGGUAAGAAAUAUAGGAUUAGCAUUCCACUACAUGGAUAAGGAUAUGAUGAAGAAGCUAAUAACCACUAUGAUUAGACCAAAGUUGGAAUAUGCAGAGGCGAUGUGGUCCCCCCAUAAGAAGAAACAUAAAAAAACUCGAAAGAAUACAAAGGAUGGCAACAAAAAUGGUUCCAGAACUGGAGGGGUUGACAUAUGAAGAAAGGUUAAAGGAAAUGGACUUUCCAACACUGGAGCAAAGAAGAGAUAGGGGAGACCUAAUACAAAUUUAUAAAUUACUGAUUAAAUUGGAAGAAGUAGAUAAUGAGGAGUUACUACUAAGAGAUGGAAUAAACACCGGGAACACAAGAGGACACAGUAUAAAAUUGAGGAAGGGGAGAUGCUUGAGAGACAUAAAGAAAUAUAGAGGUUUGGAACAGACUAAGUGAGGAUGUAGUAUCGGCGAAGAGUGUGCAAAACUUUAAGGAAAAGUUGGACAAAUACAGAUACGGAGACAGGACCACACGAGCGUAAGCCCAGGCCCUGUACAACUAGGUAAAUUCAUACACACACACACACAUCAACGAGGUGAUAAUAAAGAUAACUGAUUGAACUGAUAAUGACUCCAGAUACACACAGAACCACUGGAGACACACACACGUACACACACACACAGCACCAAGCCAGUGUCUGUCAACCAGGGACCCUACACCUGCCCUGACUACAUCCUUAGUACUCUCGGGGCCAUGCCAGUGAGGGUUUGUACAUCCAGCACACCAUCCGGGAGAAUGAGAUAGUGAUGCACAUCCACCCGGGAGAGAGUGGGAUGCAGAUGCCUGAUGAACCGAGUCACGCCACCUUGACCAUACAAGCACGUGACCCCUCCACCAACACCACCACCACGCGCCGCUUCCACUGCACCUACCAGGGCUGUGACCGCACCUACAGCACCUCCUCCAACCUGCGCACGCACCUCAAGACACAUAGAGGCGAAUACCGCUUCCAGUGUCUGGCUACGGGGUGCGGCAAGGCCUUCCUCACCUCCUACUCCCUCAAGAUCCACCUGAGGGUCCACGCCCAGCAGAAGCCAUACACCUGCGAGAAUGAUGGCUGCAGGAAGUCCUUCACCACGCUGUACAGGCUGCGCGCCCACCAGCGUCUGCACAACGGCGACACCUUCAACUGCCAUCAGGACGGGUGUGUGCGCAUCUUCACCACACUCUCAGACCUCAGGAAGCACGUACGCACACACACGGGGGAGAAACCGUUCAAGUGUGAGGAGGAUGGCUGCGGCAAGUCCUUCACCGUCAGCCACCACCUGCGGACGCACAAGAGGAUACACACAGGUGAGAGGCCGUACCUGUGCGUCGAGGAGGACUGCCGCCGUGCCUUCACAACCAACUACUCCAGGAAGACUCACAUGCUGGUACACAAGCGUCGAACGUCCUCCUCCUCCACCACCUCUCCUUCCUCAGCCCCAACCUACACCACGACCCACACGUCUCUCCUCCAGCCAAACAACCACUCCUCCUCCACCACUGCCACCACCGUGUCCUCUUCCACCACCACUUCUGCCAUCCAGGGCCCAACGCAGGAAGCAGGAGAGGAGAGGAUGGAGGGAUGCUGUCGAGGAAGGGAUGGUGAUGCUGUGAAUAAGGACGGGCAGGAAGGGAAGGAGGGGGUGAAGGUGGACAAGCCCAAAAAGGGAGGCUGCUGUGGAAGUCGUCAGCCUCCCCCGUCAACAGCCUCCAACUCAGAGCAUAAAGCGUUUGCCAUCAUCCCCGUGACCGGCGGAGAGAAGGACGGCCCCACCAGCCUCACCCUGCAAGAGUUCCUAGAGUCAGAAGCCUUCAAAUGUAAUCCCAACAUGAAGGUGCCAAUUGUGAAGGCCACUGACGACACUACAGUGGGGCGCCUCCUACAGGACUCCCAGAGCCUGGCAGCCCUAGCACAGACUGGUGAUGGGCGAGGGCUGCUGGAGAAGAUCGCAGCGCACGCCGACAUCUGUAAGUGUAACCCAUGCCGCUGUGACCCAAGUCGGGGUAACGAAUGUUCCUGUAACGCCAUUGCCGACUCUGACACGUCCCCAAGCCGCAGCCCAGCCCACGAGCCAUCACUGGCCUCAGAAGGGAACACAUCACUUCACCAACCCAGCAAAAACAGUUACCAACAACCCAAACCUCACUCUGGCAAAGACUCCUUCCAACAUACUGAACAUCACUCUGCCAAGGAAGUUUGUCAACCACCUGAACCUCACCCCACCAAAGAGACUUUCCAGCACUCAGGGAAGAACUCUGCUUUUCAACAACCUGAGAUUCACUCCUUCAAGAACACCUUCACUCACGCUGAACCUCUCACCAACAAGGACAGUUUUCCACACCCUGAGCCCCACUCCACUAAGGAUGCUUUCCAACACUCUCAGCCUUGUGCAACCAAGUCUAUGCUUCAUCCAGAUCUUCACUCUAAGGAUGACUUUCCACAGGCAGAAGUUUCGUCCUCAACCAUUAAUGAGACUUCUUCCUCUACUGAGCCCUAUCAGAACCCUCCUCAAAAGCCUAAUAUAGUUGCUAAGUCUCCUAAUGAUGGCUCCCAGGUCCUCCCCAGCUCCUUGCCAACCCUGUCUUUGAAUGAUAACUUAGCAACGUCAGAUUCCUCUACGUCCUUGCCUUCUUCCUCCUCCUCACAUCCUCCUCAGUCGUUAUCCUCCUCCUCACAUGCUCCCCAGACCCUCUCUUCACACCCAACCCAACCCCAGCGCCUUCACCCAUCUCUAACCUCUGAAAACUCCAUCGAUGCCCCAGACCAACAAAUUUCCGUGGCCAAGUUUCUGGAGGAGAUGGUUGGCCCAGGGGAGUGUGGUCCUGGGGAGGUUGGUGGCCUACUUCCCGGUCUCUCAAGUCGUCCAAGUGCCUCAUCUUUCCCCAGCCUGGAGGACAUGGGUUCCCUGUCCUCCCCAUCCAUGGAGGAGUUGAUAGGAUCCCCAGUGUUCGGGGCAGGGGUCAAGUGUGAGUCAGGCUCCUUAGCACCCUGCACGGCCCUAGAUCACACCUUUGACGUCGACAUGGCUGCCUCUGACUUCUCUGCGGACUUUCCCUUCUCCUCCCCGAACAUGAUUGAGGCUCUCCUGACGGGUGAUCUGCCGCCUCUCUCUCAGCCACCUUCCUCUGCCCCAAGCAAGACAUCCUCUCUCUCCACACCAACACCUCCUCCCUUGCCUCACCCUCAGCCUUCCCUCUCAGAUCCCAGCCUCAAGUCACCUUCUCCGUGCUGUGGUCAGUGGGAAGGGGCUAACAAGUCUUGCUGCACGUCUGGCUCCUCCUGUCCCCCGCCUGUCUGCUCCACCCCCAUGCCUACCCCUCCUUCAGGCUGCUGUCGUCCGAGCUGGUGCAGUAAAUCCCCCACAUCUCUCAUUGCCUCGCUCUCCUGCAAUACACAAGAGACGCAGACAGGCUCAUGCUGUGCCUCCAAGUCCAGUCUCCAGCCCUCCUCUCCCUCGCCUCCACCUCCCUCCCUUGUGUCCCAGCUGUGCCAUACUUCAGCCCAAUCUCAGGCCCCACCCCAGGCUUCAUCACAGCCCCCAGCUCACUCUCAGACCUCAGACAUGCAGUGUACAUCAGCCAGCUCCCACCACACCAUCUCAUUCCCCUCCACUCAUCACCACCAUCACCCCCAGCCUGCAGAGCAUCACCACCACCACCACCACCACAGUCAGCACCAGCAGCAAACCCCAGUAGUGAGAAAGGAGCAGACUCACCACCACCACCAUAAUCAACAUCACCACCACCAUCAACACCAGCAGCAACAACAGCAACAUCUAGGAGGAACCUGCGAAAAAUGCCCUCAAUCAAAAUCACCGCUGAUCACCUCACUCCAGCAUCACCAUCACCUGGACGCCACCGACACCUUCCAGCAGGAGACGCGCACUGCUGACACCCACACCGGUACAUCCUCAGGGCUGGAUGUUAUGCUGAGGAAGGAGGAGGGAGACCCGUGCUGCGUGGUCAUCUGCACCAACAAACUGCAGCUGCUGAGGAGUGUGCUGGCGAGGUGUGAGUGUUCCGACCACAAUGCCACAGUGCCGGUGGACCUCCAGGCACUGCUGAACGAUGCCCUCAUGGAGUGGGAGUCAACAGAGGGCACAGCAGCAGGAGGAGAGGGAGGCUUUGAGGACCCCACGGCCACGGCUCCUUCAGACAGUGAGCCCACGGCCGACGGUGGAUCCAAGGCCUGGUCCUAGCCUCUCCCGGAGUACACCAGCCUGAGAGUAAAUGUUUAUAGUGGUGGAUAGAUUUGAGGUUGUCUCAUUCAUAAUCUCUAGACAGUUUGUUUUUCUCCCAGUAAAAGGUGAGAGGGAAGGAGCAGAAAAAUCAUCUGACUGAAAAUAGUGGGAUACGAGAGUGUUAAAAAGAGUGAGUUUGAGAAAAUGCCAUAUGGACAAAAGGCUGAGUGUAGCUUUAGGUUAAGACAGUGAUAUCUAGAAAAGUAACUAAGACAUCUUUCAGUUAUGGGUGACUUUUUGAGGUGUUCGGGGACUGGGAGUUGGGGCGAGUGAAGUGACAAACAAAUAUGGCGUGUGAGAAGAAAUGUGUUUAAGAGGUUUGAAUCAAGUGUUAUGGAACUAUUCCUAAACUGAGUGUGAAUUGGAGUGUGGGUCUUGCUGCUUUGUGUGAGGCCAAGACUUGACACUCCUCCCGGUACUCAGCCUCGCGUGUUCAUGAUAGCCUUGGCCGGUGCCGUCUGGGUUGUGUCAGGGAGCACCUCAUGGUACUUAAUCCUCACUGUAUCAGUGGAAAUGUAAAUACUAUACACCCAUGAAGACAUAAAAGGAAGAGUGGGCUUCCUGGCUUGUUACAGGGCAUUAUACUAGUGGUUUGAGGGAGCAGGUUCUCCAGAUGCAUCACAGUACAGGCAGAGGUUGAUGCAAAGGUGGAGGAGGUGUUGUGUGGUGAGGGGGGACAGUGAUAUGUGAUGCUAAUCAUGUGAUGGACUCCUGUGUUGGUUUUGCAUGUGUAGAAGUUGAGAGUAUGAGUGAAAGAUUUAAAUGGAGGCUAAAUCACUCUAUGGGUGUGGAGUGCAAAUGGUGAAUAACUAGUUCUCAGGAGCUGCCACGUGUAGGCUGGGCGGCCUCAUGUAGUGGCUCCCUUGUAUCCUUAAGUAAAGGUGAAGAGUGGUGGGGUGGAUGAAGCUAAUCAGGGGUUGAGUAUGGAUGUGGUGGUGUGAGUGACCCAACGUUGCCAGAUUGUCUUACUUAGCCUCCUAUGUUUGCCGAUUUCUGACCCUAAACCUGCCUUGUCGACCCCAAUAACUGCCUUUAUAUAUAGUUAUCGUUAAAAUGGUUAAUUAUUGGUGUUUUAUGGCAAUAACUAUGGCUCAGAAACCGAUAAAUUACGAGGCUCUGAGUACGAUAAUCUGGUAACGGUGGGUGUGACAUGUUGGGAAAUGGCUCAUGAUCAGACCCCAAGCACAGGUAUGGGAGGUAUAUGGUAUGUUUCCCAGGGCAUUGAAGACUUGGGGUACAGAGGACCUGGGUCAUUAUAUUCUCAAACUCUUCCACCUCUUACAUCAAUUAUUUCCAAAGGUCUAAAAGGAGAUCAAUCAGGUUUUUCAUGAACCAAGAGAGCCCAGGUUCGAUUCCCAGGCGGAGUGGAAAAAUUGGGGCGGCUUUUCCGAUACCCUAUGCCCCUGUCCACCCAGCAGUGAAUGGGUACCAGGUAUUAAUCGGGCGUUGUGUCUCAUCUCCUGGUAUCUGUUCUCUUCUCCUAUAAUUCCUUCCCCUUCUGUCUCUCUCCGGCAUAUGACCACAGAUGUUGCGCCAACUAAACGAAACUUUCCAAACUUUUCGGGUUUUCAAAGAGUCCUUUUUCACAAUCAUAGCAAAGAGGAAGGGUCAGACUACCACCAGGGCCAUUAAACUACCCCUGGAAAUGCCCAAAACUCCUACAAAAAGCGUGUCAAACAUGUGUGGAAGGUUUGAGCAUAUGCCCCUUGUUGUUAUAACCUUCAGGUACUUAGAAAUUCAGGAUAUAAAAGGGAGGUUAGUGGGUAGGGAAACCUGUGUUCGUACCACAUAGAAAGGCCAUGGUAUUGGAUGUUUGGGGUCUGUUCAUGAGUCUGAAUAAGGAUUGAUUUUGAUGCUUAGUGUGGUGAGGUGAGGGCAGGAUAUGCUGGUGUUAGGAGAUGUGUGUUUGUGUGUGUGUUGUAAAGAUGUAAAAUGAUGAGUGAGAGUUAUUAUUAGUGUUCUUUGUGGAGUGCAUCAGAAUAAUAUUAACCAGUGACCAUCGGUGUCAGAUAUUUUCCUACCAGAGGCUAUGCAGUGCCAGUAACAAAGCAUUAUUAGAGUAUACAAGAGAGAGAGAAAGACAGUAGUGUUCUCAUCCCCUCGGAGGAAUACCAGGGGACAGGCAUCAGGGCAGACAAGUAACGUAGAAGAGACAUCGAUAGCCGCACCUCACAAACUCAGAAAUUAUUUUUUUAGGUCGUACAUGUAAGUCAUAUCAGUACCAUCAACAGCACUUACAGGUAUUGAGGUGCUAGGCCUGGGUUCAUGAUAAGGAUAAUCUUUCUGGGUGUAACAUUUUAUUACCGGAAUUUGGGUCGACUUAAUCUCAUGGUGUACCGAAACGCAUUUUAUAGCAGACUUGUGUUUUCAGAGCUGUUAUGUUGUAUUGGUCGUUAUUCAGUGUGAUUCUUAAGCAUCAGGUAUACGGAGAUUAGUGGAAGGCAAGAGUGUUGGAGAUACGUUUGAAGACUGUUGAGGGUUGUGUUGAGUAAGGAGUAUACCAAGAAUGAGCUUACUGUUAGAUUGAAGUGGUUGUGAAGAUGUUGUGUGAAGGGUGUUAACAUGUGGGAGAGGGCGUCAGAGAUACAGAUAGAUUGAUAGAUGUUGCAGUUUCGUGAGUCGGUAAUCGCAGAAAGAAGAAAUGGCAGCAUCAGAGAAGGUCAUGUGCUCCCAUAGUCUUCCUCUCCUAAUACCUAUGGGAGUAUGUGCAGUUGGCUUCAGCUCUGAGAUGAGACAAGGUCGUGCCACUGAUGGUGUUUGUGGGCCGUGUGUUAGCUAGUAGGGUCUCAGGGAUGGUUGUAUACCCUCAUAGUGUUCUCUCCCUUGACUUCCUGAUGGAGUCUUCGGUAUCUCGUGCAUAAUGGGACCCUUAGUUGAUGUCACUUCCACCUAUCUUCGUUUCUUAUAAGCCUUUGUUGUGGACUGGUUAUAACUCAUUUGUGUGUUGAUGGAGGGAGAAUGGGAGGAGGUGGAGGGCUGAGGCAUGGGUUCCAAAGACUGAGUAUGGUUCAGGUUUCAUUUCGUAGAUGUUUAUUGUAUGGAUAAAGUCAUUGCUGUGUUGUGGUGUGCUGGGUCCCAGAUCACAUUGGAGGGAAUUUGACUAAUUUGCAUCAUUUAAUAAAACAUGUUAAUAUGAUAGGAAUGGCAUUGUUAGACUGGAAAUAUUACUGAGGAUUGAAUUAUGGAUUUUUCCAUAUAGAUAUUCACCAAAGAGUUGUGAUUGCAGAGGAAUAGAGUCAAGACAGACCCUAGAUCUAUAGUGAACCAAUGGAGGUUGAUACUUAUGGUGGUGGGGAUGAAACGGUUUAGGAAUAUAUGAUUCUGAACAAAAGGUUUCAGAGACAAUAAUCAGUGAGGUUUGUUUCAGUCGAGGAAAACACACACACACACACACACACACACACACACACACACACACACACACACGCAAGGAUGCUGUAGUCUUUGCCAAAUGUCCCCGUGUUCAAGUCUAAAGUUUGAUCUGUGAUUCCUUCAACAGUGCAAUGCCUUGACUGUGGAAAGCAAAGCACGGUGAAUGCCCUCGGAGAUGCGUUACUCGGAUAAGCUGUGAAUUCUUUGCUUCCUGAAAAUUGUAGACGUACUUAACAUUUCUCUCGGUUACGCAUAAUUUUUUUGGUGUGUAAGCCCAGUUAACUCGAAUGUUUUUCCUCGUUGCUGCAGUUGGUGAUAAUUCGUACGAGACGCUCAGUUAGUUCGCCUCUCCUCCUGAAACCUUAAUUAUGCUAUUGAGUAAUGUGUUUUCUCUUAUUUAGGGGGAGAGGCCAACAACCUUGCUACCAUUCAUUUUAUUUCGGACUAUAGUUGCAAGUUUGGAUAAUAGUAUGUGUUUCAAGGAGGAUGUCACUAUAGUAUGAACAUGAACUGACAAUAACAAUCAAAACAUCACAUGGGCAUAGGCUGUUUGGGUGCUUAUCUCCUCACUAGAAGCACCCACUUUUUACCCCAUAAUCAAUAUAAACGUACGCAAGUUUUACAUCUACUCGCAAAUAUAUGUCUAAAUCAAUCACCAGAGCACAAGUUUGUUUGCUAAACUUCACACUUAAGAUUAGGCCCAGACCAGCCUAUGCCCAUGUAUCACACACUGAAAUAUAAGAGAAUGAAAGAACUAAUGUGAAUGUAGAACUGAUUUUAUAUUUUGUCUGUGGUAUUGACUCGUGUUGUUUGUCCAGUGUGAAGCGGAAGUCACUCCCCACCGUGUCUGUAUCUGUGCGUGUGUGUGUGUGUCUGUAUAUGUGUGUGUGGUGGGGGUGAUGGAAGGAAAGGAACUAGUACAUUCUGUAUACUUUUAGGGAUGGGUUUAGGAAAGUGGAGGGUUAUUAUUAGUGCAAAGAUGUGAUAUGUUUUAGCCAAAAGUAAACUGAAUGUAAAUGAGAAGUAUAUAAAAAGAGAAUGUUUGAGUAUGCCGAGGGAUGGAUUUACGAAAGUGAAGGGUUAUUAUUAGUCCAAAGAUGUGAUAUGUUUUAGCUGAAAGUAAACUGGAUGUAAAAGAGAAAUAUAUAAGAAGAGAAUGUUUAUGGUGAGGGAUGGAUUUAGGGAAGAAAGAAGGGAUUUUCAUUAGGAUUGGAAGGAUGUGAUGUAUGGUAGGGAAGGAAUGUAUGUAGGAGAGGAGUAUUUCUUGAUGUAUGUAACUUUCCCUCCCUUUUUUCCCCUUCUACAAAUGUUUCCCUUCCUUCCUUCCUCUUCCAUAAAUAUUUCCCUUUCUUUCUCCCUUUCUUCUCUUCCACAACUGUUUCCUUUCUCCCUUCAACAAAUGUCUCCCUUUCUCACCCUUCCUCAAAUGUUUCCCUUCCUUCAUCCUUUUUCACAGAUGUUUUCCUUCCUUCCUCCCCCUUCCACAAAUGUUUCCCCUCCUUUCUUUCCUUCCUUCUUCCCCCUUCCAUAGAUGUUUCCCUUUCUUCAUCCCCUUCCACAAAUGUUUCCCUUCCCUUCUCACCCUUCCACUAAUGUUUCCCUUCCUUCAUCCCCUUCCACAAAUGUUUUCCUUCCUUCCUCCCCUUCCACAAAUGCUUCCCUUCAUUCAUCCCUUCCACAAACAUUUGCCUUCUUACCUCCCUUCCUCCCCCCUUCUGCAAAUCCCACUCCUUUCCUCCCUUAUCAAAAACUCCCCAUCCCCAUCAUUCCCCAACUUUAUCACUGAAUCCCCUAGCACUCCUACCCCUGAGAUUCUAAUUCCCCCCCAUUACCUUGCCUUCCUCCCCACUCCUCUCCCCCCCCUCCCUCACUCCUUUCCCCACCUCUUUUGGACACUUAUCAAAAGGACCUCAUCACUAAACUUCAUCCCCACCUUUCCCCGGAUCCUAAAGUCACCCCCUUCACUAAUCUUGUCACCUCACACACUCAUUUUUAAGCCCCAUUUCCCUCUUUCAUCCCUAUUCAAAAGUAGAUUCCUAUGCCUUACUAUUUCCCCUAUCUCCAUCACUAAACUUCAUUCUCCACCUUUCCCCGGAUCCUAAAGUCACCCCCUUCACUAAUCUUGUCACCUCACACACUCAUUUUUAAGCCCAAUUUCCCUCUUUCAUCCCUAUUCAAAAGUAGAUUCCUAUGCCUAUACCCUUGUCUCCUAUUCCCCUCUCCAUCAUGUCCCAUAUCCACCGUUUCCUUUGCCAUUUCCUGAUCCAUACCUAAAAUUCUCUCUCUCUCUCUCUCUCUCUCUCUCUCUCUCUCUCUGUCCUGCCUGGGGGUUGGGAUGGCAUGUUCCUCCCUUCUCCCUUGUUGUUUACCUGCAACAAUAAACUAUCAAUCAAUCAAUCAAUCUCUCUCUCUCUCUUUGUCUUGUUAUUUUUAUAGUAAGUUAAAAAUGUUCCCCACCAAAAAUUAUUGUGAUGAAAGUUACCCUGUGCGAAGUUAUUUUUUUUAUAUAUAAUUAAGAUAUUGUUAUGUAUAAUUGUCUGGUGUUGAGCAUAUUUGUUAUCCGUGUGUGUGUGUGUGUGUGUGUGUGUCCCAGGAAACUCACACUUCACAUGUUAAAAGACAAAUAAUCGUGGUUUUCUGAUGUAAAUAAGAAUAAUAUAUAGUUUAUUUAUAUAUGAAAUAUAUAUAUGCAGAAAUGUUU